AUGCCGCCCAAAUCUCAUCUCCGGGUCAGCGUGGACGGCGCCACCAUCCGCGGCGACGACGACGAACAUGGAUACGGCGCUUCGCCGGUGCACACGCCCACCACACUCGCCUCACCCCGAGACACCGACGCCGCCGGCAAGACGAAGCGACACCUUGCUGAGCCGUCCGCCAACAAAUCCUCCCCCUCCCCCUCCCCCUCGUCCUCGCCAUCCAGCACCCCCUACAACGGCACCGCCGAUGAAAAGACUCCCGAAGAGACCGAGGCCGCCGCCCGCCCGGAGGACGACAACGACAACACGUCGCCGCCGCCGCCCGAGGCCCAGCGCACCCGGCUCGAGACCACCCUCGUCAUGGUCGCCCUCUGCCUCGCGCUCUUCCUCGCCGCCCUCGACAUGACCAUCGUCACCACCGCCGUGCCCACCAUCUCCGCCCACUUCCAGUCCAACUCGGGCUACGUCUGGAUCGGCAGCGCCUACAUGCUCGGCAGCGCCGCGCUCGUGCCCACCUGGGGCAAGCUUUCCGACAUCUUUGGCCGCAAGCCCAUCCUCAUGACCGCCGUCGUCGUCUUCUGGGUCGGCUCGCUGCUGUGCGCGGUCGCCUCCAGCAUGGGCAUGCUCAUCGCCGCCCGCGCCCUCCAGGGCAUCGGCGGCGGCGGCACCAUCGUGCUGCCCAACAUUUGCGUGGCCGACCUCUUCUCCGCCCGCCGCCGCGGCGUCUACUUUGGCUUCCUCGGCAUGAUCUGGGCGGUGGCCUCGGCGAUCGGGCCCAUCAUCGGCGGCGCCUUUACGCAGCGCGUGUCUUGGCGCUGGUGCUUCUGGAUUAACCUGCCCUGCGGCGGGCUCGCCUUCUUCAUCCUGCUGUUCUUCCUCAAGCUGCACAACCCGCGCACGCCGGUCCGCGCGGGGCUCGCGGCCAUCGACUGGGUCGGCAACGUGCUCAUCAUCGGCGGCACCAUCAUGCUGCUCAUGGGCCUCGAGUUCGGCGGCAGCCAUUAUCCCUGGAACUCCGCCACCGUCAUCUGCCUCCUGGUCUUUGGCGCCCUCACCAUCGCCAUGUUCCUCGUCUACGAGUCGCGCGUCGCCAAGUUCCCCGUCAUCCCCACGCGCCUGUUCAACACCACCACGAGCAUCGCCACCUACGUCACCUCGUCGCUUCACGCCUUCACCUUCAUUUCCGGAAGCUACUACCUGCCGCUCUACUUCCAGUCCGUCCUCGGCGCCAACUCGCUCCUCUCCGGCGUCUAUCUGCUGCCGUUCGUCUCCGUCAUGUCGCUCAUGUCCGCCUUUAUCGGCUUCUUCAUCAACAAGACCGGCAAGUACAAGAUCGUCAUCACCGGCGGCCUGGCCUGCUCGACGCUCGGCUUCGGCCUCUUCACCUUCCUCGGGGACCGCGCCCACUGGGAGCGCAUCAUCGUCUUCCAGAUGAUCGCCGGCCUGGGCAUCGGCCCCAACUUCCAGGCGCCCCUCAUCGCUCUGCAAGCCAACGUCGCCCCCGCGGACAUUGGCGCGGCCACGUCCAGCCUCCAGUUCGUGCGCCAGCUCUGCACGGCCACGUCGGUCGCCGUGGGUGGCGUCGUCAUCUCCAACCGGAUGCAGGCCCAGCAGGGCCACUUGGUGGCCGAGCUGGGCGCCGACGUCGCCCGCCUGUUCGCGGGCACCGAGGCGGCGUCCAACGUCGACCGCAUCAAGGCGCUGCCCGUGGACGAUCGCCAGACGGUCAGGACGGCCUACUGGAACUCGAUCCAGAUCAUGUUCGCCGUCUUCACAUGCAGCUGUUUCCUGGGAUUCCUUGCCAGCUUCUUCAUCAAGCAAACCACUCUGUCAAAGAAGCACACGGAGCACAAGACCGGCCUACAGACACUCAAGGCCGAGGAAAGGGGGCAAAAUCAGGACGACGACGCUGCGAAUGCCAAGGUCGUUACAGAGACAUUUGAAAAGUAG